GAGAGCGAGUCCCUUGGUCUGAACUUCACUCCCAGGGCCAUCCAGCCUUUGGACCUGCAGGUGAAGAUGACAUUUCUGCUGAUCACCAUGACUUACCUUUGUGCUCACACAUUGAUGGACACCCCUCAGGUGAAUUGCCAGCCGGUGCUGGACAUGGCAUGCGAUGCUUUUGAUGACCAGUAUAUCGGCUGCACAGAGGACAUGGAAAAUAUAAUCAAGUCUGAACUGCUGUGGAAAGAGAAGUCAACGCACAAGAUGUUUAGCAAAACAUGGGAAGCUGCGGAAAAAAAAUGGAAUACUAGGAAGAAAAACCUCUCUCUGCCUAGAGGGUUUAAGGAUGAGAAUGGAAUAGCAAUCCUGGCCUAUACCAGAGGAGGUAAGAAACCUUUGUACCAGGACUUCAACAAAGCCGUGAGAGAGGCUGGUAAAUCCCGAGCUUAUUAUCUCAAACAUUUCCCAUUCAAAGCCCUUCAUUUUUACUUGACCAGAGCAUUGCAGCUCCUGAAGAGAGACUGUGCUGAGAUGUACGAGACGGAGGUGUACAGGGGAGUCCGUUCUCUCCGCUACCAACCCGGUAAGAGAGGUGGCAUGGUCCGAUUUGGGACGUUUGCCUCUUCAUCUUUAAACAGGGACGUAGCUCACAGAUUUGCCUCAGGCACAUUCUUCACCAUCCGGACGUGCUUCGGGGUCCCCAUCGCAGACUUCUCUUAUAUCCCAGACGAGGCAGAAGUGCUGAUUCCAGUCUAUGAGAAAUUUAGGGUGUGCAACUUCACCCAGGACAACAACAGCAACUUAUUUGUCCUCCACAGCACAAACCGGACCUUCAGCCGUUACAACUGCGUCUACAUAGGUCAGUAG